CGGGCAGCGGAGGCGGCGGAGCCUCCGGAGCCUCCCGUGCCCCCGUCCCACCGGCGGAGCCCAUGGCAAGCCAGCUGCCCACCCUGUGCCUCCUGCUGGGAAUGUGGGCCAUCCCUGACCGUGGAGGAGCCACCUGGAUCCCUGGAGGUGAGAAUUUGGGGAGCAGCCCUUUGGGAAUGCCGCCACAGCUCCGGGAGCACGAACCCAUCCUGAGACUCACCAGAGGCGGCUGCCGCUGCACUGGGAUACUGGAGGUGAACUGGGAAAACCAAUGGAGACAAAUUUGCCGGGAGAGCGUGAGCGUGGACGACCUGGAUUGGAUCUGCCGGCGGCUGGAGUGCGGCCCCCUGACCUCUGAGCCCUUGGAGCUCAUCAUUCCCCGCAGGAAAGGGCCACACAGCCAGGCCACGAGGUGCAGCAAGCCGCCCAGCCCGCCGGGAUGCCUCUGGGAGCUGGAAAACUGCACGGAUCACGUGGUAGUUGCCUGCAGAGAGCCAGUGAGAACCACUCCCAAGCCCCCACCGGCACCCCCGGCCACCACCCCGGAGCCCACGGGCCCCCCCCGGCUGCGGCUGGUGGACGGGAAUUUCAGCUGCUCCGGCUUCCUGGAGCUGCACAAGCAGGGGCUGUGGGGGGCCGUGGCGAGCACCCCGCGCCUCCGGCCACACCUGGUCACCCUCCUCUGCCGGGAAUUGCGCUGCGGCGCCGCUGGGAACGGCCACGGCGAGCCGGAUCCAGGGAUCCACCUGCCGGUGCGGUGGGAGGCCGUGGAUCCCUGCGGGAGCCGUUCCCUGCUGGACUGCUUCAACAGGACCGGCUCCCGGGGGAAGAGGCCCGCCUUCAUCACCUGCUCAGAUUCCCAGCCGCGGGCGCUGCGAAGGCUGGCGGCCGGCCCCACCCCGUGCGAAGGGGACAUCCAGGUUUUCCACGCGGGACAGUGGCGGGAUCUGUGCGACCCCGGAGCAGCGCAGCGAGGCGAGCGUGGCCGGCAGAUCUGCCGGGAGCUGGGCUGCGGGAAUCUCACUUCCAGCACGGGAAUCCGGGAGCCUCCCUCCACGGGAGUCACCUGCGGGCUUGGUCCCCUGCACCUCUGCCAGCCCGAGCUUGGGAAUAUCCGGAGCUGCUCCCGGACCAGAGUUGUGUGCCAGGACUCAAAGCCGCUUCCCAGCGGAGCAUCUGCCGGAACGGUCGUGAGCAUCUGCCUGGCCCUGCUGCUUUUCCUCAUCCUCGCCCUCAUCUGCGGCCCUCCUGCCUACCGCAGGCUGAUGAAGAGAAUCUCCAAGAAGAAGCAGCGCCAGUGGAUCGGCCCCACGGGACUCAACCAGACGGUGUCUUUCCACCGCUCCAGCACCGCGCCGAGGCCGCGGGGACGGGGAGGAGGGGACAACGACUACGCUCAGGCCCCCCAGAAGAGCUCCCAGCUCUCUGCUUACCCAGCUCUGGAAGCAGCGUGCCGGCGCUCCAAUCCCCCGGAUAACUCCUCGGACAGCGACUACGACCUGCACUCCGCCCGCAGGGUGUGAUUCCCUUCCUCCCAAAGGAGCUGGUCCCACCUCCCACCUCGGCUCUGGGGGCAUCCUGGCAUUCCAGCGCCCUUCCAGGAGCACUUCCCA